AUGGAGGACAGACUACGGCGACAUAUUAAGAUACUUGAGCAAAUGGAAAUGAUCAGUAGAUGGAUCGUUGGGAUGGAUGCUGGAGUAGGGAGGAAAGAAAGAGCAAUAAAAAGACACAUGAGGAGUGUUUUUGUGGCGAAGUAUAUGCACUACAAAAAACUUGCAAAGUUAAAUAUCGAAGGAAAGCUUUGCAGAGAUAUAAAGGCACUGAAGAGUCAUGAGUAUUAUGAAAGAAAGUCAUCUAGGAUGAUUGAAUGUGUUUUUAAAGGAUUUAAAAUGUAUGGAGAGAUUCUUGAGCUUGAAGGAAUUUUCAAGAAAUACAUGCAUGUGCAUGAAUGCGAUAAAUAUGAAGACUUUAUUGGAAGGAUUCAUGAGCUUGAGAUUAAAGAAGCAGGGAUGUGUGGACUGAUGUACCUGGAUGAACUACAGAGGUAUAUUUUGAAAGUUAUGAAGGCAAGGUACUAUAGAAGGUUUAAAAGGAUUAGGAAGAAAUGUAAAUUGAACGUUCUGAAUGAAUGCUGCAUUGAAGAUUUUAUUAAGAGACUAGAUGAAAGGAUUUAUGAGAAAGAAGGUAGUGAACUGUACUCAAGAGUGUAUUGUGUUGGGUGCAGUAAGGAAGUAUGUACGAAUGUGUUCAGAUACCAUGUGAAUGGAAGUAAGCAUAUGAGCCGAGCACAAACAACAGUUUUAUAUUGUUCAAGACCGAUAGUUUCAAUAAAAGAUGAAUUGAAGAAGAUGCUUUUGGAAGUAAGCAAGGAGCUAAAUUAUAUCAUUACAUUUGCUGCAGUAAAGAAGGAAAAACAUAAGAAACGCGAAGUGCCUAGAUGGCUGUACAAGAAGAAAGAUCUCGAUGUUGAAUUUGAGUGUGAAGUGUGUGGAUAUGUGUGUCAUGGAUGGCAAGACUUUGAUCUGCAUUUUGAAUCUGAAUGCCAUUUGAAAGGGAUGAAAAGAUAUGGAGUUGGAUUAUAUAGUAAGCUGUAUUGGGGAAUAACACGAGUGGAUACAUUAAUGCGUAUGAAAGCUAGAGUAGCAUCUGAAGAGCAGAAAGAAGCAUUAGAGUACCAGGAGGAAUUUGAGGAUUGCGAAGGAAAUGUGUUUGAUAAAAGAACAUAUGAGGAUCUGAAGAGGAAUGGACUUGUUUAG